UCAGACUGGUUUUAGUUUGAAACUGGUAUGGAAGACCAAACCAUGACGGAACAUUAUUUGAAUAGGAAUAUUUAAUGACAGAAACUGUUGAAGCUUGAGGAUUUUUUUUAAUUUUAGUUGUGUGUGACAUUAGUUUGGAGAGCACUCAGGAUAUAGAAUAGUUUUUGUGUAAUUUACGGACAUAAUUGUUUUUUCGUCUUUAACUGUGUUUACUACAAAAUGGAUUAUAGAUUAUCAUAGAAAUUUAUAUAUUUGUGGUGAAAAAAAGAAAAUUUGAACUGACAAAAUGGCUGCUGCAGCAGUAGCAGCCACGAAAAUUAAUCGUGAGGCUCAGAUGCAAAAGUUGAAGGAGGAGCGAGAGACGAAAAGAUCCCACCUCGAUGAGCGUCAUCGCUACGUCCUGCAGACGGUCGCAGACAGUCUCGGUCUCGAACUCUCCGAAGUUGAAGAUGCCAUUCUUGAGGGCUCACAGAUUGAAACCAUGGAUCUUUUCUUUGAUCCAAAAGGCAAGGUCGGAAUCAAUCAACUGAUGUUCUAUUACCAGGAACCGGAGGAUAAGGAAACUCAUGCUGUGGGUUUCAAGUUGCACCAGCAAGAUGAGAAAAAGAAAAGUAACCCAUUGGACCAUCUCAAGACGGGACCGCCAGCCCCCAAAACCACUCGCCAAGUGAAACCCAAAGUGUUUCUGGCCAACGGGAGUGAUGUCCCUUUGAAGGGUACCUGCCUGCUCUUCAUCAAGGGAGGCGACCCUAGCUUUGUGGUUACUGACCAGAACAUGGUCAAGGAAGUGACGUUCACCAUUCUUGAUACCAACGGUCAUGGCAAGAAUGGCGCAGGACUUCUAUAUGCUGUGGAGCACCUGCUCUCAAGCAUUUUCAUUCCCGCGCUGAAGAGUCUCGACAAGGGCUGGGGUGCACUCGAGUCUAAGGGAGCGAUCCAGACUCGACUCGAUUUCCUGAACACCCUGGACUCUUUCGUGUCGGUGCUUGUUGGUGCCCAGGAGAGCCUGAAUGAGAAGGUCCAGUUGAAGCCAUGUGACACGUACGACCUGUCUCGUAUCCAAACGCCCGCUGAGUACCAGGCCAUCGCAAACAGCUCGGAGGCCCUCCAGGGCAUUGAGGCCUGUAUGGAGAUCUGGAUCAAACAGAUUGAGCAGGUGCUGGCAGAGAGCGAGCAGAUGCGCAAGGAAGCAGACGACAUCGGCCCACGGGCGGAGCUGGAUCACUGGAAGAAGCGCACGUCCAAGUUCAACUACCUCCUGGACCAGAUCAAGGGGUCAGAAGUCAAGGCUGUUCUAGGUGUCUUGCAUGCAGCAAAGUCUAAGCUAAUCAAGAUGUGGCAAGAGCUUGACCGUCGCAUAACGGACACGGCCAACGAAGCUCGGGACAACGUGAAGUUCCUCUACACGCUGGAGAAGUUCUGUGACCCCCUGUACAACUCUGAUCCUGUCGGAAUGCUGGAGGGGAUACCGGGGCUGAUCAAUGCGAUCCGAAUGAUCCACAGCAUCUCACGCUACUACAACACCUCCGAGAGAAUGACCUCACUCUUUGUCAAGAUCACAAACCAGAUGAUCACUGCGUGCAAGGCGUACAUAACAAAUGGCGGCUGUGAGACAGUCUGGAGCCAGGAACCCCGGGAGGUCAUCAAGAAACUCAAUGACUGCAUCCGACUCAACGAAGAGUACCAGCGAAGCUUCCACAAGACCAAGCAAAAGCUUGAGACAAUGCCCAAUGAGCGCCCAUUUGAGUUUUCCGAGAUGUACAUAUUCGGGAAAUUCGACACGUUCACCAAGAGGCUCAAGAAUAUCAUAGCAAUCUUCGACGUGUUCUCUGUGUACUCUACGCUGUCUGAGUCCAAGAUUGAAGGUAUCGAGGUGAUGGCAAACCGGUUCAGUGUGACUCAGACGCAGAUCCGCAAGAAACCUUAUGACUUCCUCGACCAGCGCAAGCAGGAGUUUGCUCAGGACUUUGACGACUUCCAGAGAUCUGUCAAGGAGCUUCAUAAACAAAUCUGUGAGUUCAUGGACAAGAAGUUUGAGAAAAUCACGAGCACACAGCGUGCCAUCAGUCUGCUGAUGAAGUUCGAGAAGUUGAACCUACCUGGACUCCCGAUUACUGAGAAGUACGCGCGGAUCCUGGCUCACUACGGGCGAGACAUUGAGAUGGUCUCCAAGAUCUACCAGAAGAACAAGAAUGAACCGCCCGUAGCCCGUGAUCUGCCACCUAUUGCUGGCAAGAUCUCAUGGUCCAGGCAGCUGUUCCGGCGUAUCCAGGAGCCCAUGGAGAUCUUCCAACAGCAACCCAAGCUUCUGGAGAGCGCCACGGAGUCUCGGAAGAUCAUCAAGAGCUUCAACAAGCUUGCCAAGGUCCUGCUUGAGUUUGAGGUCCUCUACUAUCGAGGCUGGCUGCGGCAGGUGGAAACUGCAAAGUCUGGCCUCGCAGCAUCGCUGCUUGUGAAACACCCAGAAACUGGCGACCUAUACGUCAACUUUGACCCUCAAAUCCUGAUCAUGAUUCGUGAGACAGAGUGCAUGGCUAGACUUGGGCUGGAGAUUCCGCCUGUUGCCAAGACGAUGAGAACAAAGCAACCUGAAUACAAGGAAAACUACAAUGCCCUUUUGAUGAUGCUACAAGAGAAUAAGCGAGUGCGUCUGAAGAUCCCCACUGAGUUUGAGACUCUGAUGGGACCGCACAUUGGACGUGUCGACAACGCCAUUGAGCCUGGACUGAACAAACUGUCUUGGACCUCCCUAAAUAUUCAGGACUACAUCCAGACUGUGUACAGGCGUCUAGAGGAAAUGGAGCUGCUCAUGGUGCGGGCUAACGAACUGAGUGAGUUCCGUAUCGAUGCGGUUCUCAAGGAGAUUGCUAGCACCACCCUGUGUCAGCUGCCACAGGAAGAGCCAUGGACCGUUGAUGACUUCCUGGAAAACACACAGACGCUGUGCAACAAAGGAGCAAGCAUCUUGCAGACAAAGAGCCAGGUCGUGGAGGAAGCCGCAACCGAACUCAUUGAAAUGUUACUUGACAUUGAAGAUGAUGACGAUGGAGAUGCAUUUGAAGACAAAAAAGAAGAAGAUGACCGCCGCGAUGCCAGCCCGACUGGUUCUGGAGGUCGGGGAAGCAGCAGACGGUCACGCCCAGUCUCCUCAAAGGCAAACCUUGCUGCUAAAAGGAAACGAGAGCAGCGAGAGAACAUCAAACAGGCCGCUGCCGAUCUGCUCCACGUUUUCAACCAUCGCAACCUUGAGGCCCUGGUAAAGGUUACCAAAAACACCCUUGAGGCCCUGAGGAAGCGUAUAACAUCCAGCUCUAUGGUGCACUAUAUUGGUGAGGGAGGCAGUUUUGGUGGAAGCGAGGCCAAGAGGGACAAUCGUCCCUUCUUCAAAACGUUUGCUACACUGGCCAUUCCAAACAUCGUCAUGACUCCAGGUCUAGACGAUGUUCAGCAGGGGGUCAAUAAGGCAGCCCAGAUGGUUGUGAGCGUAUCUAAGGGCGUCUCCCAAUGGAACAAGGACCGUAAACGAGCCUCCAACGAGCGCCCUCACUCUGGAGAUCGGGAGGGUCACCAUGAGCGGAGACCCAGUGUUGGAAGCGUGGCUGCAUCGGAGGGGUCACACGGGGAGAAACGAAAACCAGAGAUGGACCGAGAACCAACAAACUACACGAAUUUUACAACAACCACAAAGAACUACUACAAGAAUGUGUCGGAGAACAAGGAAGUGGCAAAGCUUGUCUCUCUCCUCUCCACCUCCAUCAACUCCACCAAAAAGGAAGUUACAAGUGCUCUCGAGAAGUUUGGUGACUACCACAUCAUCUGGGCGAAUGACCGAGAUACCGAGCUGGAAGCCUUCAUGAAAGAGAAGCCCAAACUGUCAGAGUUUGAGUCCAAGAUCAAGUACUACGAGGAACUCGAGGUUGCCAUUAAUGGCGAGCCCAUGUACUAUGAUGUGGGACCCAUCGCUUUGUUCACUGAUCAACUGAAGUAUGCAUUGAACGUUGAGACAAAAGCCUGGAGGAUGCAUUAUGGGAAGGCAUGUAACACAAAGUAUCGCACAGAGAUGGAGGAAAUAUUUGCCUUCAUUGAUGACCUGAACAAGAGGCUAGGUCGACCAAUCAAAGACCUUGAUGAUAUUCGCUUUGCAAUGGCAGGCUUGAAAGAGAUCAGAGAGAAUGAGAUCAGAAUUGACAUGAGCAUCGCGCCUAUUGAGGAGUCGUACUCAAUGUUGAUCAAGCAUGAACUGCCCGUGGCCAAGGAGGAAACAGAACGCUGCGACACCCUGCGCUACUCCUGGGAGAAGCUCAACGUGCAGGGCAAUGAGAUGCAGUCACACCUGCUUGAGAUCCAGCCCAACUUCAAGACUGAUCUCAUCACCAACGUCAAGACCUUCAUCUCCGACUGUGGCAACUUCUAUCACGAAUACAAUAAGGCUGGCCCCAUGGUGCCAGGAGUUCCCCCAAGGGAGGCCUCAGACCGACUGGUCAUCUGCCAGAACCAGUUUGACAUCCUGUACAAGAAGUUCCUCACGUACACAGGCGGAGAGGAGCUCUUUGGUCUCCCGGUUACUGACUACCCGGAGCUGCUCAAGAUAAAAAAGGAGCUUAACCUGCUGCAGAAGCUUUACGGCUUGUACAAUGCUGUCAUCGACACGGUACACGGUUACUAUGAUAUCCUGUGGGGCGACAUCAACAUUGAGAAGAUCAAUAAUGAGUUGAUUGAGUUCCAGAACAAGUGUCGCAAGCUGCCAAGGGCACUGAAGGACUGGCCAGCAUUUGAGGACCUCAAGAAGACCAUUGAUGACUUCAAUGAGAUGGUUCCCCUGCUAGAGCUCAUGACCAACAAGGCAAUGAAGACCCGUCACUGGAACCGGAUGGCCGAGGUCACAGGUCACGUGUUCGACAUUGAGAGCGAGAACUUCACACUGCGUAACAUCCUGCAGGCCCCUCUAUUGAAGUUCAAGGAGGACAUUGAGGAUAUCUGCAUCUCAGCCGUGAAAGAGAAGGAUAUUGAGGCAAAAUUAAAGCAGGUUAUCGCCGACUGGAACAACAAGGAGUUCACGUUCGGUCAGUUUAAGAACCGCGGGGAGCUGCUGCUGCGAGGGGAUACCACUAGUGAGAUUGUCUCCCUUAUGGAGGAUUCCCUGAUGGUCCUCAGCUCCCUUAUGAGCAACAGGUACAAUGUGCCAUUCAAAAAGCAGAUCCAGUUGUGGGUGCAGAACCUGACAAACUCAUCUGAGAUCAUUGAGAACUGGAUGGUCGUACAGAACCUCUGGGUCUACCUUGAGGCCGUCUUUGUGGGUGGAGACAUUGCCAAACAGCUGCCUAAGGAAGCGAAGCGUUUCAGCAACAUCGACAAGUCAUGGAUCAAGAUCAUGACGCGGGCUCACGAGACGCCCAAUGUGGUCCAGUGCUGCGUGGGAGAUGAGACCCUCAUGCAGCUCCUACCCCACCUCCUGGAGCAGCUGGAACUCUGCCAGAAAUCUCUCACCGGGUACCUUGAGAAGAAGCGUCUGCUGUUCCCGCGUUUCUUCUUCGUGUCUGACCCGGCCCUGCUGGAGAUUCUGGGUCAGGCCAGUGACCCCCACACCAUCCAGGCACACCUGCUGUCUGUGUUUGACAACAUCAAGACGGUCAAGUUCCACGAGAAGUUCUAUGACGUCAUCCUCGCUGUGCACUCGUCAGAGGGUGAAACUGUUGAUCUGGAGAAGCAGGUGAAAGCAGAAGGCAAUGUCGAGGUGUGGCUGAUGUCGCUGAUGCUGAUGGCACAAAAGUCACUACAUGGCGUAAUCCGCACUGCUGCCAUGGCAAUACAGGAUCAGAGCUUCCAACUGCUGGAGUUCCUUGGAAUGUUCCCAGCACAGGUUGGCAUCCUGGGUAUUCAGAUGAUCUGGACACGAGAUGCCACAGAGGCACUGACAACCGCCAAGUAUGAUCGCAAGGUCAUGGCGCAGACCAAUCAAGCUUUCCUGGAGCUCCUCAACAUGCUCAUUGACCAGACGACACAUGACCUCAACAAGAACGAGCGCACCAAGUUUGAGACUCUCAUCACCAUUCAUGUGCAUCAGCGGGAUAUUUUCGAUGAUCUGGUCAAGCAGCAUGUGAAGUCCCCGACAGACUUUGAAUGGCUGAAGCAGUCGCGCUUCUACUUCAUCGAGGACCAGGACCGCUGUCAGAUCUCCAUCACUGACGUAGACUUCAUCUACCAGAACGAGUUCCUGGGCUGCACAGAGCGCCUUGUCAUCACACCUCUCACGGAUAGGUGCUAUAUCACGCUAGCCCAGGCCCUGGGUAUGUCCAUGGGCGGGGCACCUGCUGGCCCCGCAGGUACGGGCAAAACAGAGACCACCAAGGACAUGGGGCGAUGUCUCGGCAAGUACGUUGUCGUCUUCAACUGCUCUGACCAGAUGGACUUCAGAGGACUGGGAAGGAUCUACAAAGGAUUGGCCCAGUCCGGCUCCUGGGGCUGCUUUGAUGAGUUUAACCGUAUUGAGCUGCCGGUGUUGUCUGUUGCCGCCCAGCAGAUUGCUAUUGUCCUGCAGAGCAAGAAGGAAAGAAAGAAGCAGUUUGUCUUCACCGAUGGUGACACUGUGUCCUUGAACAUGGAGUUUGGAAUCUUCCUCACCAUGAAUCCCGGAUAUGCGGGUCGUCAGGAGCUACCGGAGAACUUGAAGAUCAAUUUCCGCACAGUUGCCAUGAUGGUUCCUGAUCGCCAGAUUAUCAUCCGUGUGAAGCUUGCCAGCAUCGGUUUCAUUGAGAACGUGAUUCUCGCACGCAAAUUCUUCACGCUGUACAAACUGUGCGAGGAACAGCUCACCAAGCAGGUGCACUACGACUUUGGCCUGAGGAACAUGCUAUCAGUGCUGCGAACCCUUGGGGCGGUUAAACGAGCCAACCCGGAUGACACUGAACAGACCGCUGUCAUGCGCGUCCUGCGCGACAUGAACCUCUCAAAGCUUGUGGACCAGGAUGAGCCCUUAUUCUUGUCCCUUAUCAACGACUUGUUCCCUGGAAUCACCCUAGACAAGCAGGGAUACGCUGAGCUGGAGGUUGCCAUUAGGAACCAGAUUGCUAACGCCAAGCUUAUUGACCACCCAUCAUGGUUCCUGAAACUGAUCCAGUUGUUUGAGACCCAGCGUGUACGCCACGGUAUGAUGGUCCUGGGCCCGAGUGGGGCGGGUAAAACCUGCUGCAUCCACACACUAAUGAAGGCCAUGACUGACACUGGCGAGCCCCACAAGGAGAUGAGGAUGAACCCCAAGGCCAUCACAGCCCCACAGAUGUUUGGGCGCCUGGAUGUUGCUACCAAUGACUGGACUGAUGGUAUCUUCUCUACACUGUGGAGACGUACACAGAGGGCAAAGAAGGGUGAACAUGUUUGGCUGGUCCUGGAUGGCCCAGUAGAUGCCAUCUGGAUUGAGAACCUCAACUCUGUCCUAGAUGAUAACAAGACCUUGACCUUGGCCAACGGUGACCGUAUUCCCAUGGCGCCUAACUGCAAGAUCAUUUUCGAGCCUCACAACAUCGACAACGCCUCCCCAGCAACCGUAUCCAGGAACGGCAUGGUGUACAUGAGCAGCUCUGGUCUUGACUGGUCCCCCAUUCUAAAGGGUUGGUUGCUGACACGACCCAUCAAUGAACAGAACGUCAUAUACGACCUGUUUGAGACGUCCUUCCCGUUCAUCUACAGACAAGCCAUCCAGAGCUACGUCUGGAAGAUGGACGUCCUUGAGGCCUUUGUCAUCUCCCAGGCAUGCAAGCUAAUGGCAGGCCUGAUACCUAAACGUGAGGAGAAAGAUGUACAGCAACUGACGCGCGACCACUACGAGCGUAUCUACAUCUUUACGGUGAUGUGGAGCAUUGGAGCGUAUCUAGAGCUGGACGACAGAGCCAAGAUGGAGGAGUACAUGCGCACUAGCCCGGACUUCAAGCUCGCUAUGCCCAUCAUUCCCGAAGACAGCGAGGCCACCAUGUUUGAAUAUCUUGUGGAUGAAAAAGGUCAGUGGCAGCACUGGGACACGAAGGUCACAAGCUACGAGUAUCCAACGGACCACACCCCUGAGUACUCGUCAAUCCUUGUACCGAUGGUGGACAAUGUGCGAACAACGUACCUGAUAGACAUCAUCGCCAAGCAGAGCCUCGGAGUGUUGCUGAUUGGUGAGCAGGGCACAGCCAAGACGGUGAUGAUCAAUGGGUACAUGAGCAAGUACAACCCCGAGUACCACCUGGAGAAGUCCCUCAACUUUUCCAGUACCACCACGCCCUUCAUGAUCCAGCGUACCAUUGAGAGUUACGUUGACAAGCGUGUUGGUGCCACUUACGGACCCCCCGCGGGAAAAAAAAUGACCGUGUUCAUUGAUGACAUCAACAUGCCAAUCAUAAAUGGGUGGGGCGACCAGAUAGCCAAUGAGAUUGUCCGACAGCUCAUUGAGUAUUCAGGAUUCUACAACUUAGAGAAGCCUGGUGACUUUACCAACAUUGUUGACAUGCAGUUCCUGGCAGCCAUGAUUCAUCCUGGUGGAGGUCGCAAUGACAUUCCACAGCGUCUGAAGCGUCACUUUGUGAUCUACAACUGCACGCUGCCGUCCAACACCUCCAUAGACAAGAUCUUCCGUGUGAUUGGGUUGGGACAUUACUGCGAGGAACGUGGCUUCAAGGCAGACGUCAGAGACCUUGUGAGCAAACUGGUGCCAAUCACCAGACGGUUGUGGCAACUUACCAAGAUAAAGAUGUUGCCAACACCGGCUAAGUUCCACUAUAUCUUCAACUUGCGUGACUUGUCACGCAUCUGGCAGGGGAUGAUAAACACACUCAACAGUGUCAUCGACAACGAGAAAGUAGUCCUGCAGCUCUGGAAACAUGAGUGCAGCAGAGUCAUCGCCGACAGGUUUAUAAACCUGGAAGAUUACGCAUGGUUCGAAAAGACAAUAUCGCGUGUUAUUGGGGAAGAUUUAGAUGAGGAUGUGUAUGGCCCCAUCGUCAAGUCUACCCAUUUCUUUGGAGACUUCAUGAGGGACGCCCCAGAGGCCACAGGGGAUGAACCAGAGGACAGCGACUUUGAUAUGCCCAAGAUCUACGAGCCCAUCCCAAGCUUUGAAGCCUUAGAAGAGCGUCUGCUGAUGUUCCUACAGCAGUACAACGAGAGCAUUCGAGGCUCCGGCAUGGACCUUGUGUUCUUCAAGGACGCAAUGUGCCACCUGGUGAAAAUCUCCCGCAUCAUACGCACCCCACGUGGCCAUGCCUUACUUGUGGGUGUCGGCGGGUCGGGCAAACAGUCACUGACAAAACUGGCCUCGUUCAUUGCUGGCUACAAGACAUUCCAGAUCACACUGACAAGGUCAUAUAACGUGUCCAACCUGCUAGAGGACUUGAAGUUCCUGUACCGCACGUCAGGCCAGCAGGGCAAGGGUAUCACGUUUGUGUUCACGGACCAGGAGAUCAAGGAUGAGGGCUUCCUAGAAUACCUCAACAAUGUGCUCUCAUCUGGUGUGGUGGCCAACCUGUUUGCAAGAGAUGAGAUGGAUGAGAUACUCAGCGAGUUGAUCCCUGUCAUGAAGAAGGAGUAUCCACGGCGACCACCAACCAAUGAGAAUCUCUAUGAGUAUUACCUAAGUCGUGUGCGUAGCCACCUGCAUGUGGUCCUCUGCUUCUCACCCGUUGGUGAGAAAUUCCGCGCACGCUCACUGAAGUUCCCUGGACUGAUUUCCGGCUGCACAAUGGACUGGUUCCAACGUUGGCCCCGUGAUGCUUUGAUUGCCGUGGCAGACCACUUCCUGUCGCAGUUCAAUAUCGACUGCACGCCUGAAGUGAAGAAGCAGGUGAUCCAGACCAUGGGUAUCGUACAUGAUGGAGUGGCAGAAAGUUGCAUUGAAUACUUCCAAAGGUACCGUCGUUCUACCCAUGUGACACCGAAGUCCUACCUGUCGUUCAUUAACGGCUACAAGACCAUCUACAGUGACAAGAGGAACGAGAUUGGAGAGCUCGCUAACAGGAUGAACACUGGUCUGAAAAAGCUCAUUGAAGCAUCUGAGGCAGUCGCUGAACUAGAAAAAGAGCUAGCAGUAAAAGAGAAGGAGCUGGCCAUAGCCUCAAAGAAAGCGGACGAAGUGCUCAAAGAGGUGACUGUGAAAGCUCAGGCAGCCUCCAAGGUCAAGGAGCAAGUCCAAAAAGUCAAGGACAAAGCUCAAGCCAUCGUAGAUGCCAUUGAAAAGGACAAGAACAUUGCUGAGGCUAAACUUGAGAAAGCAAGACCGGCUCUUGAGGCAGCUGAGGCUGCUCUGAAUACUAUCAAGCCUGCCGAUAUUGCCACCGUGAGAAAGCUCGGCAAGCCCCCUCACCUGAUCAUGAGGAUUAUGGACUCAGUGUUGUUGUUGUUCCAGCACAAGGUGGACACUGUGGUACAGGACCCAGACCGACCUUGUGUCAAGCCAUCCUGGUCAGAGUCCCUGAAGAUGAUGGCGGGUACCAACUUCCUUGGUCAGUUAAUUGCUUUCCCUAAGGACACAAUCAACGAUGAAACCAUUGAGCUGAUCAAGCCGUACCUGACUAUGGAAGACUACACGCUGGAGACUGCGACCCGCGUGUGUGGUAACGUUGCCGGACUUCUUUCGUGGACCGUGGCCAUGUCCGACUUCUUUGCCAUCAACAAGGAAGUUCUGCCUCUAAAGGCAAACUUGGCAGUGCAGCAAGCUAAGUUGGAGGUCGCCAUGGGAGACCUGGCCAUGGCGCAGGCACAGCUGGAUGAGAAGGAGCGAGAGUUGGCGGCUGUGCAGGCAGAAUACGACAAGGCCAUGGCGGAAAAGCAGAAAUUGAUGGACGAUGCAGAGACAUGUCGUCGAAAGAUGAAUGCUGCAGCUGCACUGAUUGAAGGUCUGGGCGGGGAGAAGAUACGAUGGACUGAACAGAGUCAGGAGUUCAAGGCUCAAAUGGGCAGACUUGUUGGUGACGUUCUCGUCUGCACGGCGUUCCUGUCAUACUGCGGACCGUUCAACCAGGAUUUCCGAGCCCUUCUCUUCAAGAACUGGUUCAAGGAGCUUAAGAAUCGCAAGAUCCCCUUCACCCUCAACCUCAACACUAUCGACAUGCUUGUCGAUCAAAAUACUAUCGCAGAAUGGAAUCUGCAAGGUCUGCCUAAUGAUGAGUUGUCCACUCAGAACGGCAUCAUUGUAACGAAGGCAGCCCGCUACCCGCUCCUGAUUGACCCCCAGAGUCAGGGCAAGAACUGGAUCAAGUCUCGGGAACAGCACAGUGAGCUGCAGCUGACGGCACUGAACCACAAGUACUUCCGCCAGCACCUUGAGGAUGCCAUGUCUCUAGGAAGACCGCUGAUCAUUGAGGAUAUCGGGGAAGAGCUCGACCCUGCGCUCGACAAUAUCCUUGAGAAAAACUUUAUCAAAGUUGGCUCAACCCUUAAGGUCAAGGUGGGUGACAAGGAGUGUGACAUCAUGAAAGGGUUUGUGCUGUACAUCACUACAAAGCUGGCCAACCCCGCAUACACCCCCGAGAUCUACGCCCGGACGUCCAUCAUAGAUUUUGCUGUCACCAUGAAAGGGCUUGAGGAUCAGCUGUUAGGGCGUGUCAUCCUGACAGAGAAAGCCGAGCUAGAGGCAGAGCGUGUAAAACUGAUGGAAGACGUGACAUUCAACAAGAAGAAGAUGAAGGAGCUUGAAGACAACCUGCUGUUCCGCCUCACGAGCACAAAAGGCUCGCUGGUGGAUGACGAGGACCUCAUUAAUGUACUCAACAUCACGAAGCACACGUCUCUUGACGUGCAGCAGAAGUUGCAGACAGCCGACGAGACGCAGUCAAAGAUCACGCUGGCACGUGAAGAGUUUCGCCCGGUUGCCACGCGCGGUAGUAUCCUCUACUUCCUGAUCGUCGAGAUGGGAAUGGUGAACUGCAUGUACCAGACGUCCCUGAAGCAGUUCCUUGGACUGUUUGACCUCUCCAUGGCUAGGUCAACUAAGUCCCCUAUCACGCAGAAGCGUAUCACAAACAUCAUUGAGUACAUGACCUUCGAGGUGUUUAAAUACGCUGUGCGUGGCCUGUACGAGAAGGAUAAGAUGACAUUCACCUUGCUGCUUGCACUAAAGAUUGACUUGGCCGCUGGCAAGGUCAAACACGAGGAGUUCUUGACCUUAAUCAAAGGCGGUGCCUCGUUGGACCUGAAUGUGGUGCAGCCCAAGCCUCACAAGUGGAUCGUAGACUUGACCUGGCUUAACCUAGUUGAGCUUAGCAAUCUGCACCAAUUCUCAGGAAUCAUGGAACAGAUCGGUCGUAACGAGAAGCAGUGGAAGCAGUGGUUUGACAAGGAUGCCCCAGAAGAGGAAGUCAUCCCAGACGGCUACAAUAACUCUCUCGAUGUCUUCCGGCGUCUGCUACUCGUGCGGUCAUGGUGCCCAGACCGGACGCUCCAACAGGCGCGCAAAUACAUCGCCGAUACACUUGGGGAGAAGUACGCUGAGGGGAUCAUCCUUGACUUGGAGAAAAUGUGGUACGAGAGCAAGACCCGGUCCCCCAUGGUGUGUCUGCUAUCCAUGGGCUCUGAUCCUACAAAUAACAUCGAGUCACUGGCAAAGAAGCACAAGAUCGAAUACCGAGCCAUCUCAAUGGGUCAAGGUCAAGAAGUGCACGCACGUCGUCUAAUCUCGCAGGGUGUGCAGAACGGCGGCUGGCUGCUGCUGCAGAACUGCCAUCUGAGUCUCGACUACGUGGUGGAGUGCCUCGACGUGCUCAUCGACACGGAGACCAUCCACGAAGAGUUCAGACUUUGGAUCACCACUGAGGAGCACCCAAAGUUCCCCAUUAGCUUCCUGCAGAUGUCCAUCAAGUUCACCAACGAGCCACCCCAGGGCAUCAAGGCGGGUCUGAAGCGGUCGUACGCUGGUAUGACCCAGGACUUCCUUGAUAUUUCCAAUAUGCCCCAGUGGAAGCCCAUGCUUUAUGGCGUCGCCUUCCUACACACGGUUGUCCAAGAGCGUCGAAAGUUUGGUCCCCUUGGCUGGAACAUUCCGUACGAGUUCAAUGCCUCCGAUUUUAAUGCCAGUGUGCAGUUUGUGCAGAAUCACCUUGACGAUAUGGACUUGAAGAAGGGUGUGAACUGGACCUGUGUGCGGUACAUGUUCGGCGAGAUCCAGUAUGGUGGCCGUGUGACGGAUGACUUUGACAAGCGUCUGCUGAACACGUUCUGCAAGGUGUGGUUUGGGGACAACAUGUUCACGCCAGCCUUCAACUUCUACAAGGGAUAUGUGAUCCCGAAAUGUGUCAAGUAUCCAGAGUAUAUGGACUUUAUUAACGCACUGAACAACACUGACACGCCGGAAGUGUUUGGACUCCAUCCAAAUGCUGAUAUAACCUAUUCAAGCAAGACGGCCAAGAUCAUUCUUGACACGGUCCUCAGUAUUCAGCCCAAGGACAGCAGCGGUGGUGGAGGCGAGACCCGUGAAUCCAUGGUGACAAGAAUAUGCGACGAUAUGCUUGAGAAACUUCCCAACGACUACAUCGACUUCGAGGUGAAGCAGCGACUGCAGAAGAUGGGUGCGUUGCAGCCAAUGAACAUCUUCUUGCGUCAAGAGAUCGACCGAAUGCAGCUUGUCAUCUCAACAGUACGGAGCACGCUACAGGAUCUGAAGCUGGCAAUAGACGGAACGAUCAUUAUGAGCGAAACUCUCAGAGACGCCCUCGACAGCAUGUAUGAUGCCAGAAUCCCGAAAGUCUGGGCAAAGAUUUCGUGGGACUCAAGCACGCUGGGUUUCUGGUUCACUGAGCUGAUUGACCGUAACACUCAAUUCAACAGCUGGUGCUUUGAUGGUCGUCCUAACACGUUCUGGAUGACCGGCUUCUUCAAUGCUCAGGGCUUCUUGACCGCCAUGAGACAGGAAGUGACGCGGGCCCACAAGGGCUGGGCCCUCGACACGGUGAUCCUUUACAACGAGGUCACACGGUCAAUGAAGGACGACAUUGUGCAGCCGCCAACAGAGGGUGUCUACGUAUACGGGCUCUUCCUGGAAGGGGCUGGCUGGGACAAGCGUGGGGCCAAGCUCAUCGAGUCCAAGAACAAGGUCCUGUUUGAAAUGAUGCCUGUGAUCCACAUCUACGCCAUCAACAGCACCGGGUCGCCGGACGCAAGGAUGUACCAGUGUCCCAUCUACAAGAAACCCCGACGUACGGACCUGACGUUCAUUGCUUCCGUGAUCUUGAAGACCAAUCAGAAUCCCGACCACUGGAUACUCAGGGGUGUCGCGCUACUGUGCGAUACCAAAUAAAACGAACAACCAUUGAUUUCUUGUGGUGUUUUUGUUGAAACUUUUUUUUUACUUUUACUUAAUCAGGUGUAGGUGACUAAAUGAACACGUGUGUUUUUAUGAUUAUUUAUUGCUAUUGUUAUUUGAAGAACAAUUAAAACAGUGACUUUAUAUUGAUUACUUUUGUAAUUUUGGCUUACGUUUAUAAUGUUUAUGCACCUUAGUAAACACACUUGUGGUCUUAUAUUUGUUAACAAUUACAUUUACUUGUUAUUGUUCUAUACAUUUAUAUACAAUUUACUGUUACUUGUAAUAUCAGUGUCCCCCCAAAUUGCUUGAAAAUUCAAUGAAUUCAUGUGAAUGUUAUUUAUAAUGUUUUUGUUAUUUUAUUCUUAAUACGUGUGCUAAGAUUGUUAAUGUUUAUAUUAUUACAAACUCAAGCUUCUUAUAACUCGACCAAUAGCAUUAGUUUAGAGAUUUUAUUAAUGUCUAUUUUUAGUUUGCUAGUAAAAGUUUUAAAAAUAUUUAACAACUAAAAUAGUAGCUCCAUUAACGUCAAUGAUAUGUUUAAUGAUACUGUAAUUUAUAUAUUUUCAUUGAAAUACGUAGUUUUUUUUAAGUUAUGUAUAUUGUUUUUAUUUAUAUUUAUAAGUGAUAGUUUGUUAAUGAGUUUAACACCUUUACUUGUUCCGUCCCUGUAUGUGAUAUGAUUUAAUGUUCGUAUAUUUUUAUUUGAACAGUCCGUCCAAUUUGAUGAAGUCAUAUUUUAAAAAUGCACACUUGCUUGGAUAAACUGUUUAUUAACGUUUCUUUUUAAUUAUAUAAAACGAAAUUUCAAUUGAAUUCUGUCCCAUCGUUUUACUGCAAGUCGUGAUAACCUAUAUAUGUAUAGAUCUAUUCAGGUUGAAACGUUUUAAUCUGCAUGCCACCAAACAUCUGUGAUUUAUUUUUUGCAUAUUUAUGCUUGUAUUCUGAUAGAAAUAAAUAGAUGAAUUAUG